AUGAGCGAGCCGGCAAAUGAGAUGAGGGCGCCGUUGCUUCCGGAGAAGAAGGUUGCAGAUGAGCGGCACGAGCGAACCGGCUCAGGCACUCCUCUGUCAACCGCGCUGAACCUGGCAGCAACUUCCAUGGGCACGGGCCUGUUGACCCUGCCGCACACCUUCGCCCGCUGUGGGCCUUUGGUAGGCACCGGGCUGCUGGCAGUGCUGUCCGUCACCACAGACGUCACUUUGAUCCUUUUGGUGAAGAUGAGCCGCGCGCUUGGGGUGCACACCUUCGGCGCGCUGAUGCGCAAGCUCUUCGGCAAGGGCGGCUCGGCGGUCUUUCAGCUCACGCUGAUCUCCGUGCUGUUCCUGGCGCUCACAGCCAUGCAGCGUGUUGUGCUGGACCUCCUUCCGAUUUUUCUAGAGUCCAUUUGCGGCGUGGAGCACGGUACGGUGAAGCCCCUGGCGCUGAGUAUGGUGGUCAAUCUAUUUGUCAUCGCCGCCUGUUGCUCCAAGAAUUACCAUUCUCUUCGCUUCACCAGCGGCGCGGCGCUUUUGUGCCUUGUGCCCUUCGUGCUGGCCCUUUGGCGCAACACGCUCAGACCGGACAGGCCUGAGCCGAGACCCACCUCGGAGUCCAUCUCGUGGGAGGGGUUCUUGCUGGCCUCUCCCAUCUUGGCGUCAUCGCUGGCGGGUGGUCACUUUAGUGUCAUGGACAUGGCAGCUCAACUGCAGCCGCGAUACAAGGAGUCCAUCUACUCGGUCAUCCACGUGGUUUUCUUGAUCGUGAUCCCCUUGUGCUACGUCUCGGUCUCCUGGGCAGGCGUCGAGCUCUUUGGAGCAGACACGCCGGAAGACAUCCUAGUGGAAUUCAAGGGGGACUCGGCGAUGGAGGUGGCCAGAGGUGUGCUGAGCUUCACCAACGCGCUGCGCAUGCCGCUGAUUCUGAUGCCGCUGCACACCCUCGUUGUUGACACUUUGCACCUCCUAUCUGCCAGCUCCAAGGAGCACGAGCCUCCGCUGCUGCAAGCCUGGCGGUUGGUCUUCGGCAUGCCGCUGCUGCUGCUGUCCUCGGCGGUGCUUGCGCAGUGGCUCAGCACCUUGGCCAGCAUCCUGGGGCUGCUGGGUGGCACCGGCGGGGUCAUCGGCUGCUUCUGCGUGCCCGGGGCGAUGUACCUGAAGGUCCACUACAAGAAAGAAGCGAAGUCAUCUUCGGCUUAUGCCAUUUGUGCGGCCAUGGCGAUUGUUAUUGGACUCGCAGUGGUUGUAUCGUGCUGCUUAUCUUGGGUGCAGUGA